CCACAGAUGCUGUGUGAUGUGGACCAGGUGACAGCCAUGCGGUUCAUCCUGAGACAGCCCUCCCCAGUCUGGCUCCACUUCACCAUCGAGGAGCUGCAGAUUUUCCCCCCUGGACAGAAGAGCCCCCAGAAGGAUUUCCCCUCCUGGCUCUCCCAGCUGACCCCUCCGGAGCAGCCAGCCAGCCUGCACGGGGAGCUCCCCGACCCAGAGAAGGUGUCGACAGAGGUCCAGCAAAUGUGGGUGCUGACAGAGGUGAUCCGGGCUCGCCAGGCAGCCGCCCGCAUCGGGCGCUUCGACGUGGAUGGCUGCUACGAUGUCAACCUGCUUUCCUACACCUGAGCCCGCCGGUGCCACUUGCUGAUGCCGGCUGGAGGGAAGUGCCCAUCCAUGCUCCCGGGGCCCAAGUGGACUCCUGUGUUCCCGCCUUGGCCGUCGACCCCGCGGCCCCGAGGGGGUCCCAAAGCCCUCCCUGUGCCCAUUCCCCGACUCCCCCUGCGCUGUCUGCCAGUGAGGAGCAGCGCUACCGCUCCCGAGCCCCCUGUGAGCUCUCCCGGGCACGUCCCGCGGGCAGAGCCCGGACCCCACCCCACUCUGCAAGGGGGUGCGGGGGUACCGAGGGGUGCGGGCGUGCUGGGGGGUCACCUCGGUCACCACUAAAAGCUGCUACCUUGG